AUGACUGGUCCAACCUACUACACCGCUUGCCUCCACGAUCGCAAUUGGGUGACGGACGGGUCUGCAUACGCACCCCGAUCUCCCCUUAAUAUCUUUACUUACAGUCGUUACCCGAACAGCGGAGUGACCCGUGAUACCUCCACUUCCCCAUACAAGUCAGGCCUCACACUUAGACCCCUGCCCGCCCUCAGUCCCAUUUCCUGCAGUCUGCAUAGCGCUGAGCGACUGCGGAGUGGUCGCAUACCGACUAGAGCUAUCUCCUGGCCAGAUAUGUUUAGCCAGAUAGCUCGGAUCAACGACCACCUCUACCUCAGUGGACUGCAGGCUCUAAGUCCUGAAAGACUGAGACAGUAUGGGAUAACGCAACUUAUCACGGCGAUGAUAGAUCCACCGCCGGCCAGUCUUCUUUCUGCAGUGACUUCGCACAUCCAGAUUAGUGUGGAAGAUGCGGAGACCUCAAAUCUGAGGAUUUAUUUCGAUUCGGUUGGUGAGAGGAUAGCUAUGGAAAAGAAACGUGGUGGCAGAACUUUGGUUCACUGCAUGGCCGGCAUCUCCCGUUCCGCAUCGCUCGUCCUUGCCUACCUCAUACGGCAUCAGAAUAUGAGCCUGGCAGAUGCUUACGAUCUGGUUAGAGCAGUUCGUCCCUUCAUUCAACCAAAUGCCGGUUUCUGGAGGCAACUCAUUUCAUAUGAGGAGACGGUACGAGGCAGCCGCUCAAUGCGAAUUCUGUCUGACGCCACAAGUCAGCUGACAGUGCCAGCAGUUGGCUUGCGAAACGGAUACUCUUCACGCUACCACCGAUCACCAUCAACGUAUGCCUACGAAAAUCCCCGCAUCCCCUCACGCUAUGCGGCCGGCGCCUAUAGCGGUAACUACGAAGACAACCGGCGAUUUUCCACCAUAACUGGCGUCUACGGACGGUAUUAA